UUUUUCUUUAACUUGGAUUGCAUAAAAAGGGAUUGUUGCUCAACAUGGCUGAAUUAUCACCUGAGGAAAUUCAGCUGAGGGCCAACCAAGUCACUGAUGAGUCCUUGGAAAGCACCAGAAGGAUUCUUGGCUUGGCCAUUGAGUCCCAGGAUGUAGGCAUCAAGACUAUCACCAUGCUGGAUGAACAGGGAGAACAACUAAAUCGCAUAGAAGAAGGCAUGGACCAGAUAAACAAGGACAUGAGAGAAGCUGAGAAGACACUGACGGAGCUCAACAAGUGUUGUGGGCUCUGUGUCUGUCCUUGCAACAGGGCGAAGAACUUUGAGUCUAGCAGGGCGCAUCGAUCAGCCUGGGGAGAUGGCACCGAGAACUCAGCAGACCACGUGAUAUCUAUGCAACCAAGAAGAGUCAAUCAGCAGCCUCAGGCUUCUGGAGGGCCAAGUGGAGGAUAUAUUGCACGGAUAACAAAUGAUGCCAGAGAAGAUGAAAUGGAUGAAAAUCUCACUCAAGUAGGAAACAUUCUGGGGAAUUUGAAAAAUAUGGCUUUGGAUAUGGGAAAUGAGAUUGAUGCCCAGAAUAAACAAAUAGACCGGAUAAAUGUAAAGGCGGAUUCAAACAAGCAGCGCAUUGAGGAAGCCAACACCAGAGCCAAGAAACUCAUUGACAAUUAAAGCCUGAUGUCAUUGUUCAGUGACACUGUCUCUCCAGCUGCAAACCACCAUAUUCAUGGAUCUGUGAAACUCUCCUAUUCUGAAAUAAGAGGGGCUGGGAAAUAUGAAGCAAUACCCUUUCUAUAGGG